AUGGAUUUCCUUCAUUGGAGCGGAGUACUCAUUAUUCAACACCUACAGAGAGACUACAGGGCUUACUAUGAUUUUCUACAUUUUAUGUCCAAUGUUAGAGACCCCCGGAAUACAUUUUCUGUUUACUUUCCACUUUGGUUUCAACUGAAUCAGGUUGUUGGAACCAAGAUGAUAUGGGUAGCAGCUAUAGGGGACUGGUUCAACCUUAUAUUCAAAUGGAUAUUAUUUGGGCAUCUUCCAGAAACUCAGAUUUACCCAAAUCACUCAAGCCCACGCGUUGACCAGUUUCCUACUACAUGUGAGACAGGUCCAGGAAGUCCAUCUGGUCACGCAAUGGGCUCUUUGUGUGUCUGGUAUGUCAUGGUAACAGCUGCCCAAAGCCACACCGUCAGCCAGAUGGACAAGUUCUCUGUCACUCUGCACGGACUGACCUGGUCCUUGCUUUGGAGUGCUUUCUGGUUGAUUCAAGUCGGUGUCUGUAUCUCCAGGGUGUUCAUAGCAACACAUUUUCCCCAUCAGGUCAUUGUCGGAGUCAUGGGUGGGAUGCUAGUAGCAGAGGCCUAACACACUCCAGGCAUCCACAUGGCCAGCUUGAAUGUGUACCGGAAGUCCAACAUCUUCCUCUUUGCACUUGGCUUUUACCUGUUUGCACUUGGCUUUUACCUGCUUCUCAGACUGCUCAACAUUGACCUGCCUUGGUCUCUGCCUAUAGCCAAAAAGUGGUGUGCCAACCCAGACUGGAUCCACAUUGACAGCACGCUUUUUGCUGGACUUGUGAGAAACCUCGGGGUCCUUUUUGGCUUGGGUUUCGCCAUCAACUCAAAAAUGUUCCUGAGCUGCCGGGGAGAAAAUGGCCGCAAGCUGAGCUUCCAGUUGCUCCGUGCCAUGACCUCGCUGAUCACAUUGCAGCUUUAUUGCUUCAUCCAGAUCCCAACUCACAGGGAACCCUGGUUUUACCUGUUGCCUUUCUGUAAAAGCACAUCCAUCCCACUGGCUGUGGUGGCUCUAAUUCUCUACUGUGUCCAUAUGCUAAUGAGACCCAGUUAG